GGAGGUUUGAGGAGCCUCUCGAGCGAUCUAUUAUCGAUUACCUAUUUCUGCCUCCCGUUGCAAUCUGGGCCCAAUAGCGCUGCGAGUACACAUUGCGCAGAAGGUCCCAGUGUCUGUCCCGCAGAAACGUAGCGCCAUGGCGUCUUUGAGCACAAUUGCAAUGUCGCUGCUGGCUUUGGGGAUGCUGCCAGCGGCGUCGUCGGAGGCCUCCCUCCGCGUGCACGCUGCCAUGGGCAAGGAGGAGCCGCACCCCCCGCCCGAGCCGACGGUGCCGGAUAUGCCUACGAAGGAAGACGGUGCGUUCAAAGACAAGCCUACGGCCUGCCUCGCCUGCAAGUACGCGGCCACCGGGUCCUGCGCGAUGUACAAGACCUGCAUCUGCUACGCCACGAACUCCUUCUUCGAGGUGAUGGGCGUGCCGAGCCCGACGGACACGAGCAACUGGCACUGGGCGUGCGGCAACGAGGGCGGGGACAAGUACGAGCUGUGCCACUCGGUCAACGAGCACUACGAGGACAAUUUCGGCGACAAGAUCGACCCCAACAAUCCCAAGUGCCCGUGAGCGUGCGGGGACCGGUGGCAGCCUUCGCUCUCUCAAGCUGGUGGCGGCCCGUCCCUGGAGAAGUGUCCUACAGCUCCGCCUCCAGCCCGUCCUCGGCGUCGCCAAAGUCCUGCACCUCGCCCGUCCAGUCUGCCUCCUCUUACUCCUCCUCCUCCUCCUCCUCCUCCUCCUCCUCCUCCUCCUCCUCCUCCUCCUCCUCCUCCUCCUCCUCCUCCCCCCGCAGUUCCCUGUUCGUGCUCCUUGCUUCUGCUUCCCGCUGCAAUCUGGGCCCAAUGGCGCCACGACUGCACAUCGCGCAGGAGGUCCCAUUGUCUGCCCCGCAGCAAACGUAGCGUCAAAGCCUCCCCUCUUGCGCCAUGGCGUCUUUGUGUGCGACUGCCAUCUCGCUGCUGGUUCUGGGGAUGCUGCCAGCGGCGUCGUCGGAGGCCUCCCUCCGCGUGCACGCUGCCAUGGGCAAGGAGGAGCCGCACCCCCCGCCCGAGCCGACGGUGCCGGAUAUGCCAAAGAAGGAAGACGACGGGGCGUUCAAAGACAAGUCUACGGCCUGCCUCGCCUGCAAGUACGCGGCCACCGGGUCCUGCGCGAUGUACAAGACCUGCAUCUGCUACGCCACGAACUCCUUCUUCGAGGUCAUGGGCGUGCCGAGCCCGACGGACACGAGCAACUGGCACUGGGCGUGCGGCAACGAGGGCGGGGACAAGUACGAGCUGUGCCACUCGGUCAACGAGCACUACGAGGACAACUUCGGCGACAAGAUCGACCCGAACAAGCCCAAGUGCCCGUGAGCGUCUCCCGUCCCCCUCGUCUCCGGCCCCUCCUCAGCUCUACUUUUUCGAUUAUCGCCUGGUACACCCCCGCGCACUGCAUAUCGUCGUCGUCCUCCGCGUCCGCUGCCGCCCCCUCUCUGCUCCUGGGCGAGAGCUGGGUACACAUGUCAUCGCAUGCCUUUCCAACGCGUAGCCUUCGUGUGGACGGGUACUCCGGCCCUCUCCAGGCGAACGCAACG